UGGAGCGACGGCAGCGAGCAGGCAGGCGCGGAGCUGCCCUUCCAUAGGAGCCGCCAUUAGCGCUGGGACCCGGUGACAGGGUCUCGGCGUCGGCGGCCGGCGCGGCGCGGGGAGCGGAGGCAGCCGGGGUGGGUCCCCGUUUGAUGGAUCCCCGGAUCGCCUGGUUCCAGCCAGAGCAGCUCGGCCCCUCGAACCGCCUGUGGAUGCAGAUCUGGGAGACCACGCAGGGGGUCCGCAACCUCUACUUCCAGCAGCAGCAGCAGCAGGAGCAACAGCAGCAGCAGAGCGCCCCCGCCGGGGCCGGCCCGGCCUCCCCGCCCGGCAUGUACCGCGCCCCCCGCGCCGACCCCCAGCCCGACUUCCUGCCGCUUGAGAGCGCCAACAACCAGCACAACCGCAGCCACCACCAGGCCUCGCCGCCCCCGGGGGCCGCCGCCUGGGCCCGGUCCGCACGGGGGGGGCCUCCCGCCGCCGCCGCCGCCGCGGCCGCCAGCAACAAGAGGAAGCGCGACAACAAGGCCAGCACCUUCGGGCUCAACUAUAGCCUCCUGCUGGGGCCCCCCGCGCAGGGCCGGGCCCCCGCCCUGGGGGACGAGCCGGCCGCCCGGGCCCAGGCCGGCCUGGCCGAGCCGCUCUACACCGGCACCCCCUGGAAGAAGAGGAACUACAGCCAGGGAGUCGUGGGUCUUCAUGAAGAAAUCAUUGACUUUUAUAAGUAUAUGUCUCCCAGACCUGAAGAAGAGAGAAUGCGGAUGGAAGUGGUGAACAGGAUAGAAAAUGUUAUAAAAGAGCUCUGGCCUAAUGCAGAUGUGCAGAUAUUUGGAAGUUUUAAGACUGGUUUAUAUUUACCUACAAGUGAUAUUGAUUUAGUUGUGUUUGGAAAAUGGGAGACAUUACCUCUUUGGACCCUGGAGGAAGCUCUUCGAAAGCACAAUGUAGCAGAUGAAAAUUCAGUAAAGGUUUUAGAUAAAGCAACUGUACCUAUUAUUAAACUGACAGAUUCCUUCACUGAAGUAAAAGUUGAUAUAAGCUUUAAUGUACAGAACGGGGUUAAAGCAGCCCAGCUCAUCAAAGAUUUUAUCAAGAAAUAUCCUGUGUUACCAUAUCUGGUUUUAGUAUUGAAACAGUUCCUGUUGCAGAGGGACCUUAAUGAAGUAUUUACAGGUGGAAUUGGUUCUUACAGUCUUUUUUUAAUGGCCGUCAGUUUCCUUCAGCUGCAUCCCAGGGAAGAUGCCUGUAUGCCCAAUGCCAACUAUGGUGUUCUUUUAAUAGAGUUUUUUGAAUUAUACGGACGUCACUUCAAUUAUCUGAAGACUGGAAUCCGAAUAAAGGAUGGUGGCUCUUACGUUGCCAAGGAUGAAGUGCAAAAAAGCAUGCUGGAUGGCUACAGACCAUCAAUGCUGUAUAUUGAAGAUCCCUUACAGCCAGGUAAUGAUGUUGGGAGGAGUUCCUAUGGUGCCAUGCAAGUGAAACAAGCUUUUGAUUAUGCUUACGUUGUUUUGAGCCAUGCAGUUUCCCCCAUAGCUAAAUAUUAUCCUAACAAUGAAACAGAAAGUAUAUUAGGUAGAAUAAUUAGAGUAACGCAAGAAGUGGCCACGUACAGAGACUGGAUAUCAAAGCAGUGGGGAAUGCAAAGUAGGACAGAGUCUUCAUGUAACGGUAAUGGAGUAACCUUGAUAGUAGAUACUCAGCAGCUAGACAAAUGCAACAAUAAUCUUGCUGAGGAGAAUGAAGCACUGGGAAAACCUAGAAAUAAAACUUCAGAAACACUUAGUAAACAUUCUUCAAAUUCUUCAUCAGGUCCUUUGUCAUCAUCAUCGUCUACUCUGUCCAGCUCUAGUGACGUAGAUUCUGAUGGAACACCUUGCAAAACCUCUAAACAAUUGAGUUGUCGUCAGUCUACCACAAACAGAGUGGGGUCACAAGAAGUGUCACUGGAAUCCUCCCAGUCAAGUGGGAAAACACAAAAUAGCCAAACAGCCAAUACAUCCAGCAACACGAACAAAUCUCAGCAUGGAUCUGCACGGUUAUUUCGCUCUUCUAACAAAGGCUUCCAAGGUCCAACAAGCUCAAGCCACGGUACCUCAGUCACAAACAAACAACAUCAAGGCAGCAAAUCACACCAUCAGUUUUUCCACGGCAAAAAGAGGAAACACAAGAGGGAUGCAACCCUUUCAGACCUUUGUAGAUAGUUGCCUAUUUUAUGACUGUUCUUCUGUGUGCAAUGAUCUCAUGCUACAGGAUAGUUUGAUAGUGACUCCUUGGAUCUCUUCCGGAGCUUCAGACUGUUCAGACAUUGAUUAGCAACUGCAUUUUUUUUCCCAGCUCGCCACGGAACGGAUCAUGAAGAUUGAUCACUGCAAAAAAAUUCAAAAAAAUCUAAAAAAAGAGAAAAAAAAAGAAAAAAAAUUUAAAAGCAAAAACUUAAAAAAAAAAAAGAGGAAAAAGGCUGCUCAUUUGAUAAGUCAUAUGCUACAACAGGGUCAUUUAGGAUAUAAAAGCUUGAAUGUAAUAUAAAUGUAUUUCCCAUCAGCUCAUGCUGACCUGUAGAGAUAGUACUCAGUGUGUCUAGGGGGUGGUAACAAACAAAUAAAACACAAACAAAAAAAGGAAAAAAAAGCAAAAAAUUGUAUUUUGAGGGAAACCCAGCCUUUAAAGGUGAAAGUAAUUUGUGCAUGGUUUUUUUUAUUAUUUUUGCAUAUACUUACCAUUUUAUUGUGUAUAUAUAGAUGACCAUAUAGGAGAACUGACAUUUGUAAUAGUGGAUUUGUUAAUACUUUUUACAUAACAUUACUGUUUAAAUUGUAAACAUAAAUUUUUUCUCAGGAUUAGUUUGGAAGAUAAUCUGAAUUGUCAUUUUAACGUCCAUAUAAAGAGACAUUACUAGUUAUAUUGCUCAGAAUUUCUUUUCUUGGCAUUUAAAAGUUUUAAUAGAACAUUUGAUCCGCAAAAGCGAUUCCUCUGAAAGAAAGGUUUAUGGUGGCAAAUGAAGUUUUUCAUUUGUAUAAAGUGUACGUGUACUUUGUGUAGACACUGAGCUUGUCAUCUCAGAGAAGUAACCUUCACCUUGUUUUUAGAGUGCCAUAAUUUCAGACAAUGGGGUUUAAUAGUUGCAUCCUUCUCUUCCUCCCCUCUCUGGUCCCUCCCCUACCCUUUUUUUUAGAGAAGUAUAAAGCCACGUGGGGGUUUUUGUUUGUUUGGUAGUGGUGAUUGUUUUCUUCGUUAUUUUUUGUUUUUAAAAAUACCAAACAACAAAACUCAGUUUGUUACAGACGUUUGCAUUCCUGGGCUGCUUUAAUCCCAUGCCUCCUUGUUUGUGCCUUCCCUGUCCCUUCCAGGUCUGGGUUUUUUUGUCUUUUAUAUUUUUGCUAACUCCUGUAGGAGAUAAUAACUGUUGAAGCUUUAAGUAAAUUUUACAAUUAAAGUACUUUUUUCUCACUCCCCUCUUAGGCAUUUUUUAUAUUUACACUUAAUUAUUUUUAAAAAAUAAACAAAAACCCAGAAGAACUUCAAAUAAUGAAAUACAUUUUGUAUUGCCUUAAAGACCCAAACCUUUCAUAUCUUAUAGUAUUUCUUCAUUGACCUAGUUAUCAUUUAAACUCCACGUGUGUGUGGUUCAGUCGCAUCACAGGUGUAGGCUGCAGUAACUUUGAUGCCAUGAAUGUGAAUUCAGUGUGUAUUAUCCUCACAGACGUAGCUUGGAACAGAAGUUGGGACACUUCGAUGGUAGAAAGUUAAGUGGCAUUUACUUUCACAUAUUUCUUUAAAGAGGAAAGUCUGUACUGGGCAUACGUGGCUGUAUUUAAUGCAGCUGUUCUGGAGAUGACGCUUUUAUAAAAAGUACUCUUAGCUUUUAGAAACUUUUCUUUAUAUACACUUGCAAAAUACUACAGACCAACCUGACCUUUAAUGGGCACUAGUGAGUGCAAUGAUUUUAAAAGUAAAAUAAUACUAAAAUAAAACCAGAACCGAUGUCAUCAAUUAAAUUAAUGAACAUUUUCAAUGCAUUAAAGUGUUUUACUUCAAAAA